CAACGAACUAUUUUCCUCUAAACUAAAUCGAUAAUGCCGAAGUGGAUUCAUAGAUUUGACAACCAACGCUACAACGAUGCUUGACAUAUGAUCGUCACUUAUCGCAGAAUGUUAGGAAAUAACUGUGGCCUUUGAAGAUGAGGAUUUUCUCCAUCCUGUCCAACGGCUUCUGUCUCUCAUUCAGCUAGACUUCUAUUUACUCUUCGUAACAGCAUUCAUUCGUUUCAACUCAUCUGACCUCUGUAUAACCUCUUCGCCUAACCACUUUGUCCAUUCAUCUAUUCACCGAAUGCCCUGUAGUUAGACUCACCAUCCUGUUUGACAUGUCCCAAUGUUCUCUACCGUAACUGAGGUAUUAGGCGGCGUCGGCAUCUUUUGGGGCUUCUUCGUCGUUCUAGUUCAAGCUAUUGGAAGUUACAAGAUCUUCCGUAAUUAUUCAUCAGUCCCGCCCGAACCGGUCUCUCCACACCUACCGAAAGACGAUGUGCCUCAUGUAACCAUAAUCCGACCUGCCAAAGGCCUCGAGCCCGGUUUAUACGAAUGUCUAGCCUCCGUCUUCCAUCAGUCUUACCCAAAAGACAAGUUGACCAUUUACUUCUGCGUAUCGUCUAAGGAAGAUGCAGCGUAUCCGGUCAUCCGAAAACUACUCGACAACUACCCUGACUUCGACGCCAAAGUUUUCGUUGAGGCUGAAGACCCUUACCUCCACGGCGAAGAUGGUCAUGUAGAUAACGUCGGUCCAAACCCGAAGAUCCGAAAUCUGAGUAGAGCGUAUAGAGAGGCAAAAGGAGAUAUAAUAUGGCCACUAGACUGCAAUGUAUGGAUCGCGAGAGAUGUGGCCGGUCGUAUGGUUGACAAGCUCUGCGGAUAUCUGCCCAACGGGAAACAAGCCAAACCCUUCAAAUUCGUACAUCAACUACCUCUAGUCGUAGACACCGUCACCUCCAUGAGCAGUUCAAACGCCGAAGGUCAAACACUCCUAUCCGGAUCAGCGGUAACGGGUGGAUCCGACGCAGAAUCCAACGUCGACGUGCCGACCUCCAUCCUCUCCAGAUCUCUAGCCCACGGCGGAGGUCGACUCGAAGAAAUGUUCAUGGCCACAACCCACGCCAAAUUCUACGGCGCCAUAAACACCGUCGGCGUCGCCCCGUGCAUCGUAGGGAAGAGCAACAUGUUCCGCAAAUCGCACCUAGACCGCGUGACCGACCCGGCCCAAAACCCGAUCUUGACGGGAAGAGCCGCAACUCUGCCCAAAGGCCUAGACCACUUCUCCCUAUUCAUGUGCGAGGAUCACGUCAUCGGCGACCUCCUCUGGCGGUCCGACCUGCCGGGCUUCGCGAAUCACGGACUCGUCUGGGGCGACUUGGCGAUCCAACCGAUGGCAGGCAUGUCUGUGCCUGCAUACGUCGCACGCAGGGUGAGAUGGCUGCGGGCUCGGAAAUGGACCGUGCUGUCGGCCACGCUAGUGGAACACGGCGUGGAGAGCCUCGUGUGCUGCUUCUACGUGUCCUUCGGGCUGACGACCGUGUCGUGGUUUCACCAGAACCUUGGCGUCCCACAGACAUGGCGCGCCAUGUGGUAUUUUUGGCUCGCCGGCGUCGCGGCUUGGAUGCUCGUCGACCGCGUCGUAUUUAAAAAGCUGCACGCCGGCCAGAGCAUCCACGUGGACGAACACACGCCCGCGUUCGCGCGAGGUUUCAGCCACGGCGGGGCGGAGAAGCGCCGAUUCGGCGAGUGGUUCCUCGCUUGGUUGGGACGAGAGGUUUUGGCUUUGCCUAUCUGGACCUGGGCCGUCUUCCUUGGUGCUACCGUGAAUUGGAGGGGUAAGCGGUUUCGCGUUCGAUCAGAUAUGACCGUCGUCUCCAUCGAUGCCGAUGACGAGGAGGAGCAAGGUCUUAUGGAACAGGACGGACACGGCGGUGGCGGUCGCACGUCGACGUCGAGUACAAGAGGGAAGAUAGACUAGACCUAUGAUACCCCAGCAUGACCUAUAGUAAUUUAUAAUCUAUUGCAUCCAACGAUGACGACAGCCUGGAUCUAUGGAUCUAUCACGGCCUAUCGUGUGUGGCCUUCCCCUGGUAAGGUUUCGGCCCAGGUGUCU